AUGUUAGGAUUGGCCGGCUCAUCUUCGGAAUCCGAAAAGAAAACAGAGACAGAACAGAUUGUUUCAGUGACAUAUCUAAUAUACGAAGAUCUUUUUCCCCUGUUUGAGGUCACUCCUACCUCGUACGAAUCAGUUACAUGGAAUCAUGCAAAGAGGCUUGAAAGCCGAAAGGCCAGAAGAACUACAGAACCACGCCCACCAGAGCUAAAGAAAGAUAGACCGAAGGGACUUGCGGUAAGCCGCCAUUUUGUGUACGUACCGUCCCUUCGCAGUUUCGGUGAGGAGGGAGGUGGUUACUAUUAUGCCUAG